UCAUGGGAUUUCAAGAUGGCGUCGAGCGGAGGAGAAGGGGAACCCGAGUGGACAGCGGCGGUCAGGCCGCUUUUAUCGGCUUCUUACACCGCUUUUGAGACCAAGGAGCUCCCUCAGCUUAUCGGGUCUAUAAUCAACAGUGAAUCAGACAUUCUUCACCACGAUAAGCAGUAUGAGCCUUUCUACUCAUCAUUUGUGGCACUUUCUGCACAUUAUGUCACUACAGUAUGUGGACAAAUACCAAGGAAUCAGCUCUUGUCAGUUGCUGCAGCAUGCAAAGUAUUGAUUGAAUUCUCACUGCUGCGUCUAGAGAACCCGGAUGAGGCAUGUGCAGUGUCACAGAAACACCUGAUUCUUCUUAUAAAAGGGCUUUGCACUGGCUGCAGCAGACUAGACCGCACGGAAAUCAUCACUUUCACCGCUAUGAUGAAGUCCGCUAAGCUGCCUCAAACCGUUAAGACCCUUUCAGAUGUGGAAGAUCAGAAGGAGUUACCCACCGCUGUGAACCCAGAACUUCGACAAAAGGAAGUGCAGAUGAACUUUUUUAAUCAGCUGACUUCAGUUUUCAACCCUGACCUUACAACCAUCUUGGCCUCCCCAUCAGCACAUAUGCAGGCUGAGAGUGACUGCGAUGACCAAACAACAGAUCAGGCUGUUCAGGUCAAAAUGAAAAAUGCCUUUGUUUCGCAGAAUGUGUCAAGCUUACAGGAACUUGGUGGGUCUGAGAAGUUGCUACGAGUGUGUCUUAACUUGCCCUACUUCCUGCGCUACAUCAACCGUUUCCAGGAUGCAGUGUCAGCCAAUUCCUUCUUCAUCAUGCCUGCAACUGUGGCUGAUGCCACUGCUGUCCGCAAUGGAUUUCAUUCAUUGGUAAUAGAUGUAACCAUGGCUUUGGACACACUUUCCCUACCUGUGCUGGAACCUUUGACACCAGGGAGGUUACUGGAUAUGACUGUGCUGGCUUUGAGCUGUCUCUAUGCUGGAGUGAGUGUGGCAACGUGCAUGGCCAUUCUGCAGGUGGGCAGCGGCUUACAGCUCCGUUCUGCUUCUACUGGGACUAAAGAGGAAGACUAUGAAAAUGACGCAGCUACUAUUGUGCAGAAAUGUCUUGAGAUCUAUGAAAUGAUUGGACAAGCUAUCAGUAACUCCCGCCGAGCUGGAGGAGAGCAUUAUCAGAACUUCCAGCUGCUUGGAGCCUGGUGCCUUUUGAACAGUUUAUACUUAAUCCUUAAUCUGAGCCCCACUGCACUGGCAGAUAAAGGAAAAGAAAAAGACCCUCUGGCUGCCCUGCGAGUCCGAGACAUCGCUGCUCGCACCAAGGAUGGAGCAGGAUCACCAAAACUUGGUCCUGGCAAAGGACACCAAGGGUUUGGAGUCUUAUCUGUAAUCCUCGCCAAUCACGCCAUCAAACUUCUGACUUCACUAUUUCAGGAUCUUCAAGUUGAGGCCUUGCACAGGAGCUGGGCAAGUGAUGGGCCACCAGCAGAGCUCAACAUCAUGGCCCAGAGUACCUCCAUCCAGAGGGUCCAAAGGCUGAUCGACUCUGUGCCACUGACCAAUUUACUCUUCACUCUCCUCUCCACUUCUUACAAAAAGGCUUGUGUGCUGCAGCGCCAGCGGAAGGGCUCAGUGAGCAGUGAUGCCAGCGCCUCCACAGAUUCAAACACAUACUAUGAGGAUGAUUUCAGUAGUACAGAGGAGGACAGCAGUCAAGAUGACGACAGUGAACCAAUCUUGGGGCUUUGGUUUGAAGAGACAAUUUCUCCCACCAAAGACAAAGUGGCACCUCCACCUCCUCCACCACCCCCACCACUGGAGACCUCACCAAGACUGAAGAGCCCCAGCAAACAGAAUACAAGUGAAAAUGGCAACAUUUUAGCUGGUCGCAAAGACCCAGAGCUGUUCCUCAGUUUGGCCUCCAGUAUCCUGAACUUCAUCACCACCUCCAUGCUGAAGUCAAGGAACAACUUCAUCCGCAACUACCUGAGCGUGUCUCUGACAGAGCAGCACAUGGCAACACUAGCCAGCAUCAUUAAAGACGUGGACAAAGAUGUUAAAGGCUCCUCAGAUGAAGUGUUUUCUUUAGCUCUGUAUCACUUUAAUCACACCUUGGUAACAUCAGAUCUUCCAUCUCCAGCUCUGCAGAGCACCCUCCUGCAGCAGUUAGGUGUUGCACCAUUUUCAGAGGGUCCCUGGCCACUCUACAUCCACCCUCAGUCCUUGUCAGUUCUUUCAAGACUUCUUCUCAUAUGGCAACACAAAGCCAGUGUUUUAGGAGAUCCAGAUGUGCACGAGUGUAUGAAAGUCUGGGAAAGAUUCCUGGGAACAUUGAAGCAACAUACUAACCAGGCAUCUGUCCAUGGUGAAGAUGACCUCAAUGUUGAGCACCUUCAACUCUUACUGCUUCUCUUUCACAAUCUGUCUGAGCGUGGGAGACGGUCGGUCCUCACUUUGGUCACCCAGGCCAUUGUUGAAGUGGCGCAGAGUCGAGACUCCCAUCUGAAGAAUGUGCCCCUCAACUUGGCUCGCCUGCUGUUGGUUUUUGACUAUCUACUGCGCCACUACUCCAAGACCCCCUUGUACCUUUUUGAACAGGUGCAGUAUAACCUGCUCACUCCGCCAUCCACUGGGUCCAGUUCUGUUCAGGAAGGUGUCAAGCGCAGCAGCUUCCCAAUUUACUACGGCUUCAAGGAGGUGGAGGAGAACUGGGCAAAACACUGUUCAGCAGAUUCAAAUAUCCAACCUAGAUUUUACUGUGUUUUGUCCCCGGAGGCGUCUGAAGAUGACAUCAGUCGACUGGACAGCAAGGUCUUUCCGAAGCUGUUUAAUGGUGCGGUGAAGUACGAUGAACUGUAUGCGUGGCUCGUCUCACUGCUGGCAGCAGGUUCUCAGUUUGACACAGCGAGAAGACAGGAGAAUAAGUCCAUCACGCCUAUCGAGGCCUGCUCCCUUCAGUACUACUUUCUGGUGCUGUGGAGGAUUAUGGGGGUUCUACCACCCUCAAAAGCUUACAUGGAGCAGUUGAAGAGUGGCUGCAGUGAUCCCAGUGAGAGCGACAUUCUGCACACUUUGCGGUGGUCCUCACGUCUUCGAGUUUCUACCUAUGUCAAUUGGAUCAAGGAGUACCUGGUUAAGCAAGGAAUGAAAGCAGACCAAGCAGCCUGUCUGGUGGAGAUGACUGCUGCUAAGUGCAGCACUGUGAAAUAUGAUGUGGAGCUUGCGGAAGAGUACAUUGCCAGACAGAUCUCAACUUUCUCUGGUGUCGACCCGAGCACCAUCCUUCCACUGAAUCAGCUGCCCUCGCUGCAAGCCAUCUAUACACUAGAUGCAGUCAUCUCUAAAGUGCAAGUUUCUCUAGAUGAGCAUUUGUCAAAGGUUGCAAUUGAGACUGAUGCACUUAAGUCAUCAGAGAUCACCAAGAACCUGCUGCCUGCUACUUUGCAACUCAUUGACAUCUAUACUGCCUUCACAAGGUCUUACCUGCUGAUGAACAUCCCUGAGGAAGGGGAGAACAAACUGACUGAUGCUAAGCUCCAAGGUUAUGCAGCAGUUCUGUCCAUUGGUUCCACACGCUGCAAAGCCAACACUCUAGGCCACAGUAUAAUGCAGAACUUGCCAUCAACUGUACAGACAACAUGUGAGACUUGGAACGGCAUCCACACCAAUGAAUUUCCCAAUGUUGGCUCAUGGAGAAAUGCAUUUGCGAAUGACACCAUUCCAUCAGAGAGCUAUAUCGGAGCGAUCCAAGCAGCUCACCUGGGCACGCUAAGCUGCCAGUCGCUGCCUCUGGCUUCUUCCCUUAAGCACAUUCUUCUUUCUUUGGUUCGUCUUACUGGUGACCUCAUUGUCACAGAAGAGCUGAAUCCCAUUCAGGUUGUUCGGACUCUGCUGCCUCUGCUUCUGGAGAGCAGCACAGAAAGUGUGGCUGAGAUUAGCAGCACCUCUCUGGAGCGCAUCCUUGGACCCUCAGAGUCUGAGGCCUUCCUGUCUUGCUUCUAUGAGCGUUUGGUGACUGGAUGUUAUAACAUCAUUGCCAAUCACUCAGACCCCAACAGUGGUUUGGAUGAGCCCAUCCUUGAGGAAUGCCUUCAGUAUCUUGAAAAACAACUUGAGAGCAGUCACGUCCGCAAGGCCAUGGAGGAUUUCUUUUCAGUCAGUGGUGAGCUUGUCCAAAUCAUGAUGGCGACAGCAAAUGAAAACCUCUCUGCCAAGUUCUGCAACAGAGUUUUGAAAUUCUUCACCAAACUUUUCCAGCUCACUGAGAAGAGUCCAAACCCCAGCUUGUUGUGUUUGUGUGGCUCGCUGGCCCAGCUGGCCUGUGUUGAGCCGCCUCGCCUGCAGUCCUGGCUGACACGCAUGACGGCCACGGCUCCUAAGGAUUCAGAGCAGCUGGACAUAGUGCAAGAAAACCGGCAGCUCUUGCAACUUCUCACCACUCAUAUUGUGCGUGACAAUAGCCAGGUGGGCGAAGGAGUGUGCACAGUCCUCCUGAGCACGCUCAUCCCCAUGGCAACAGACAUGCUGACCAAUGGCGACGGGACUGGCUUUCCUGAGCUAAUGAUCAUUAUGGCUACACUUGCCAGCGCUGGACAAGGGGCCGGACACUUACAGCUGCACCGGGCAGCUAUUGACUGGCUGACUAGGUGCAAGAAGUAUUUGACACAGAAGAAUGUUGUGGAAAAAGUGAGCGCAAACCUGUCUCAAGGAAAGCACGCCAGCAUGCUCGAAUGCUCGUGCCACAUCAUCUCAUACCUGGCAGAUGUAACGAACGCUUUGAGACAGAGCAGCGGCCAAGGCGUCUCAGCCGUGCUGAUGGAUGGAGAAGAGAAAGCCAUGGAGGUGGACUCGGACUGGGUGGAGGAACUUGCAGUGGAGGAAGAUGAUUCCCAGGCUGAGGACUCUGAUGAAGACUCGCUUUGUAAUAAACUCUGCACUUUCACCAUCACCCAGAAGGAAUUCAUGAACCAGCACUGGUACCACUGUCACACCUGUAAGAUGGUGGACGGGGUAGGUGUGUGCACUGUGUGCGCCAAGGUCUGUCACAAAGACCAUGAGAUCUCCUAUGCCAAAUAUGGCUCUUUCUUCUGUGACUGCGGUGCCAAGGAGGAUGGCAGCUGCCAGGCUUUGGUGAAACGCAGCCCCAGCAGCAACAUGGGCUCCACUCUCAAAGAGUCAUCUGCAUUCCAGAGUGAACUGCGUAUGCCCGAGAGCGCCAUCCGCCAACAGAACGCCUCGCCCUCCGACAAGGGCAAGGUCACAAUCUGUGAUGGCAAACCAGGUGACGAGGACAAACCCAAGAAGAGUAGCGUGUGCAAGAGCAUCGAAGGCUGCCAGGAAGAGCUGCUGGCGCAAGUGACUGCUUCGUCCACUGCUGUGGUCAUACUGGAGAUGCUGAUGUUCCUGAUGGAUGCCAUCCAAACAAACUUUCAGCAGGCAUCCGUUGUGGGAAGCAGCAGUCGGGCUCAGCGGGCCCUCAACGAGCUGCAUACUCAGGACAAGGCCGUGGAGAUGACGGACCAGCUAAUGGUUCCCACUCUGGGCUCUCAGGAAGGAGCUUUUGAGAAUGUGCGGAUGAACUACAGCGGUGACCAGGGCCAAACGAUCCGCCAGCUCAUCAGUGCACAUGUUCUGCGGCGCGUGGCCAUGUGUGUACUGUCUUCACCCCACGGCCGCCGCCAGCACCUUGCAGUCAGCCAUGAAAAGGGAAAGAUAACAGUUCUGCAGCUGUCCACUCUGCUGAAGCAGGCUGACUCCAGUAAGAGGAAGCUGACGCUGACCCGCCUGGCCUCUGCUCCCGUCCCCUUCACCGUGCUCAGCCUCACAGGAAAUCCAUGUAACGAAGACUAUCUGGCUGUGUGUGGCCUCAAGGACUGUCAUGUACUUACUUUCAGCAGUACUGGCUCCGUAUCAGACCACCUGGUUUUACACCCACAGCUGGCUACAGGCAACUUUAUCAUCAAAGCCAUCUGGCUGCCAGGCUCACAGACUGAACUUGCCAUCAUCACUGCUGACUUUGUCAAGAUUUAUGACUUGUCAGUGGAUGCUCUCAGCCCUAUGUACUACUUCCUUCUCCCAAGUUCCAAAAUCCGUGACGCUACAUUCCUUUUCAGCGAAGAGGGGAAGAACAUCAUCGUCAUCAUGUCCUCGGCAGGUUACAUGUACACCCAGGUCAUGGAUGAAUCCAGCAGCGCCCAACACGGCCCCUUCUAUGUCACUAAUGUACUGGAGGUAACCCACGAUGACCUCAAGGACAGCAACGGGCAGGUCGCUGGAGGAGGUGUGUCUGUGUAUUACUCCCACGUGCUCCAGAUGCUUUUCUUCAGCUACAGCCAGGGGAAGUCCUUUUCCGCCACCGUGAGCCGCAGCACCACUGACAUCCAGCAACUAUUCCCCAUCAAUAUCAAAGGAUCUAAUGGCAGCAGCAAUAAAGUCUCACCUGCUCUGUGCCAGUGGUCUGAAGUGAUGAACCACCCGGGCCUGGUGUGCUGUGUGCAGCAGACAACAGGCAUACCGCUGGUCAUCAUGGUGAAACCGGAUACUUUCCUCAUUCAAGAGAUUAAAACUCUGCCAGCCAAAGCUAAGAUUCAGGACAUGGUGGCUAUCCGACAUACUGCCAGCAACGAGCAGCAGCGCACAACCAUGAUUCUGCUGUGUGAGGACGGUAGCUUGCGCAUCUACAUGGCUAAUGUGGACAACACGUCGUACUGGCUGCAGCCAUCGCUCCAGCCCAGCUGUGGCAUCAGCAUCAUGAAGCCAGUGCGCAAACGCAAAGCUCCUACUACCACCACUCGGACCUCCAGUCAGGUGACUUUCCCAGUUGACUUCUUUGAACACAACCAGCAGCUGACGGAGGUGGAGUUUGGUGGCAACGACUUGCUGCAGGUCUACAACGGACAGCAGAUCAAACACAGGCUGAACUCCACCGGGAUGUAUGUGGCCAACACAAAGCCUGGGGGAUUCACAGUGGAAGCUGUUAACAAUAACAGUUCCAUGGUGAUGACGGGCAUGCGGGUGCAGGUGGGCACUCAGGCCAUCGAGCGAGCUCCUUCCUAUGUGGAGGUGUUUGGCCGCACCAUGCAGAUAAACCUGACCCGAGCCAGAUGGUUUGACUUCCCCUUCACCAGAGAGGAAGCUCUGCAGGCUGACAAGAAGCUGUCCAUAUUCAUUGGUGCAUCUGUUGACCCGGCGGGAGUCACCAUGCUUGAUUCCAUCAAGAUCUACGGCAAAACCAAAGAGCAGUUCGGCUGGCCAGAAGAUCCGCCAGAAGACUUUUCAUCAGCCUCAGUGAACAACGUCUGCAGCCCCAAUCUCAACCAGACCAAUGGCACGUCUGAUGGGGACAUAGCCACGCCCACCACCAUCAGUGGCACCGUGCUGGAGAGGUUGGUGGUCAGCUCUCUGGAAGCUUUGGAGAGCUGCUUUGCUGUUGGCUCGUCCAUUGAAAAGGAGAAAAACAAGACUGCUGCGCUGGAGUUGGCCACUCUGCUUUUGUCCAUGCCAACUCCCACAGGAGUGCAGCUGCAGACCAAAGGACUUCUUGCCAGCCUUCACACCAGCCGCACUGCCUACCACAACCACAAGGACCAGUCCCUGCUCAGUAACGCAGUCCAGUGUUUGAACACCUGCAUGCUGGAAGGAAGAGAGCUGGAUCCUGAUGUUUUCCAGAGGCUUGUGAUCACUGCUCGCUCCAUCGCCAUCAUGAGACCCAACAAUUUGGUCCACUACACUGAGACCAAGUCACCACACCAUGAUUCUGAAAUAACAGAGGAUGGACAAAAACAUGUGGAUAGCGAAAGCUGUAAUUUUAUUACCCAUCUAAUGAAUAAUUUCUGGAAACUUCAUGCCCUGAAGCCAAAGAAUGCUUUUCUGGCUCCUGCUUGCCUGCCUGGACUGACUCAUGUGGAAGCAACAGUGAAUGCCUUGGUGGACAUCAUCAAUGCAUACUGCACAUGUGAACUGGACUACAUCAAUGUAGCCUCCAAAAUCUACAUGCAGAUGUUGUUGUGCCCUGAUACCUCUGUGAGCUUUGCUUGUAAGCAGGCACUUAUCAGGGUGCUCCGGCCACGAAACAAACGCCGACAUGUGACCCUCCCCUCCCCGCCACGCUCCAACACACCCAUGGGAGAUAAAGAUGAUGACGACGACGACGAUGCCGAUGACAAAAUACAGUCAUCAGUGCUGACUGGAGGUGACGAGGGGAGACAGGAGAGUCAGGAGCAGAAUGAAGUGGACCACGGCGACUUUGAGAUGGUGUCGGAGUCCAUGGUCUUGGAGACUUCAGAGAAUGUCAAUAAUGGUAAUCCGUCUCCUCUGGAGGCUCUUCUUGCUGGAGCCGAGGGUUUCCCCCCCAUGCUGGACAUCCCUCCUGAUGCAGAUGACGAAACGAUGGUCGAACUCGCCAUUGCGCUCAGCCUUCAACAAGAUCAACAAGGCAGCAGCAGCAGUGCUCUCGGCCUCCAGAGUCUUGGCCUGUCUGGUCAGGCUCCAAGCUCCUCCUCGCUUGAUGCUGGUACGCUUUCAGACACCACUGCAUCAGCCCCAGCGUCAGAUGAUGAAGGCAGCACAGCUGCUACUGAUGGCUCCACGCUGCGGACCUCCCCGGCUGAGCACGGCGGCAGUGUGGGCUCAGAGAGUGGAGGUUCUGCUGUCGACUCUGUAGCAGGAGAGCACAGCGCGUCAGGGCGUAGCAGUGCCUACGGUGACACAGCAGUGGAGGGCCACCCUGCAGGUCCAGGCAGUGUGAGCUCCAGCACCGGGGCCAUCAGCACCACCACGGCCCAGCAGGAAGGAGAAGGCUCAGAGGGUGAAGGCGAAACUGAAGGAGACAUCCACACAAGCAACAGGUUGCACAUGGUUCGUCUCAUGCUUCUGGAGCGCCUGCUUCAGCAUCUUCGACAGCUUCACAACGUAGGAGGAGUACAAGCCAUCCCGUACAUGCAAGUUAUUCUCAUGUUGACCUCUGACCUGGACGGGGAGGAUGAAAAGGACAAGGGCGCCUUGGAUGACUUGCUUGCACAGCUUAUUGCAGAACUUGACAUGCACAAAAAGGAUGUUUCCAAGAAGAAUGAGCGGAGUUCCAUCAAUGAGGUGCACCUGGUGAUUAUGCGACUGCUCAGUGUGUUCAUGUCUCGUACAAAGUCUGGUUCCAAAUCUUCUUCUGAGUCGUCCUCACUGAUUUCCAACGCCACAGCGACGGCCUUACUCAGCUUGAGUGCUGUUGACUACUGUCUCCAUGUGCUCAAGUCCCUCCUGGAGUUUUGGAAGAGCCAACAGGGUGAAGAAGAGCCUGUCACCACCAGCCAGCUCUUGCGCCCACACACAGCCUCCUCGCCUCCAGACAUGAGCCCUUUCUUCCUGCGCCAAUAUGUCAAGGGCCAUGCUGCUGACGUGUUUGAAGCCUACUCUCAGUUGCUGACUGAAAUGGUGCUCAGGCUGCCGUAUCAGAUCAAGAAGAUUGCGGACACCAACCCACGGAUCCCGCCUCCAGUCUUUGACCACUCCUGGUUCUACUAUCUUUCUGAAUACCUGAUGAUCCAGCAGACACCGUUUGUAAGGAGGCAAGUCAGAAAGUUGUUGCUCUUUAUCUGUGGUUCCAAAGAAAAAUACCGCCAGCUGCGGGAUCUGCACACUCUUGACUCUCAUGUGCGCAGCAUCAAGAAGCUCCUGGAGGAGCAGGGCAUCUUCCUGCGAGCUGGCGUGGUAACAGCCACGUCUGGCUCCGCCCUGCAGUAUGACACCUUGAUAAGUUUGAUGGAGCACUUGAAAGCUUGUGCUGAAAUAGCCUCUCAGAGGACAAUUAACUGGCAGAAAUUCUGCAUGAAGGAUGACUCUGUGUUGUACUUCCUACUCCAGGUUAGCUUCCUUGUGGAUGAGGGUGUCUGUCCGGUACUGCUGCAGCUGCUCUCUUGUGCACUGUGUGGUAGUAAAGUUAUGGCCAACUCGGCUUUCUCGACCUCAGGAGGAGGCUCUGGUAGCGCUGGACAGACCGGAGCUUCUCAGUCUUCUCAGAGCAAGUCUUCCAGUAAGAAGAGCAAGAAAGAAGACAAGGAGAAAGACAAGGAGGGUGAUGGAGUUGGCAGUCAAGAGGAUCAGCUGUGCAUGGCUCUGGUCAGUCAGCUUAACAAGUUUGCAGACAAGGAGACGCUCAUCCAGUUCUUGCGCUGUUUCCUACUUGAGUCAAACUCAUCAGCCGUGCGCUGGCAAGCCCACUGCUUGGCCUUACAUAUAUACAGGAACUCCAGUAAAUCCCAGCAGGAGCUGCUUCUGGAGCUAACCUGGGCCAUCUGGCCUGAACUUCCUGCUUACGGCCGUAAAGCAGCCCAGUUUGUCGACCUGCUUGGAUACUUCUCACUCAAGACCCCUCAGACAGAGAGAAAGCUAAAGGAGUAUUCCCAAAAGGCUGUGGAAAUUCUGAGAGCGCAGAACCACAUCCUGACAAAUCACCCAAACUCCAACAUCUAUAACACUCUGUCAGGUUUAGUUGAGUUUGAUGGCUUUUAUUUGGAGAGUGACCCCUGUUUGGUAUGCAACAACCCAGAAGUUCCCUUCUCGAAUAUCAAACUGUCCUCUAUCAAAGUAGACACCCGCUACACCACCACACAGCAGGUGGUAAAGCUUAUUGGCAGCCACACCAUCAGUAAAGUCACAGUGAAGAUUGGCGACCUGAAACGCACCAAAAUGGUCCGCACCAUCAACCUUUACUACAACAACCGGACGGUACAGGCCAUCGUGGAGCUGAAAAACAAGCCUGCUCGUUGGCACAAAGCGAAAAAAGUUCAGCUCACUCCAGGGCAAACUGAGGUCAAGAUUGACCUCCCUCUACCCAUCGUUGCAUCCAACCUCAUGAUCGAGUUCUCAGAUUUUUACGAGAACUACCAGGCCUCUACUGAAACGCUGCAGUGUCCGCGCUGCAGCGCAUCUGUGCCAGCCAACCCUGGAGUGUGUGGCAACUGUGGCGAGAAUGUGUAUCAGUGCCACAAGUGCAGGUCUAUAAAUUACGAUGAGAAAGACCCUUUCCUGUGCAACGCCUGUGGCUUCUGCAAAUAUGCCCGCUUUGACUUCAUGCUGUAUGCUAAACCAUGCUGUGCUGUGGAUCCUAUUGAGAAUGAGGAAGACAGAAAAAAAGCUGUGACCAAUAUCAAUAACCUUCUGGACAAAGCAGACAGAGUCUACCACCAGCUGAUGGGCCACCGACCCCAGUUAGAGAGCCUCCUGUCAAAAGUCAACGAGGCAGCUCCAGAAAAGCCUCAGGAUGACACUGGAGCAGGAGCUGGACUUGGCACAUCCUCUGCCAAUGUGAACAGGUACAUUCAACAGCUGGCUCAAGAAUACAGUGGUGACUGCAAGACCUCAUUUGAUGAACUGUCCAAGAUUAUUCAGAAAGUGCUUGCAUCCCGUAAAGAGCUUCUGGAGUAUGAUCUCCAACAGCGAGAGGCUGCCACCAAGUCCUCACGCAACAGCAACAGCCACCAGCCCACCAUCACCGCCAGUCAGUACCGCGCCCUGUCAGCUGGCUGUGGCCACACGUCCUCCACCAAAUGCUACGGCUGUGCCUCGGCGGUCACGGGUCACUGUAUCACAUUGCUCCGUGCGCUGGCCACUAAUCCAGCCCUCCGGCAGAUCCUGGUCCUCCAGGGGCUCAUCCGUGAGCUGUUUGAGUAUAAUUUACGGCGUGGUACGGCUGCCAUGAGGGAGGAGGUUCGCCAGCUUAUUUGUCUCCUCACCAGAGAUCAUCCAGAGGCCACCCAGCAGAUGAAUGACCUCAUCAUCGCCAAAGUCUCAGCUGCCCUCAAAGGUCACUGGGCCAAUCCCGAUUUGGUCAGUAACCUUCAGUAUGAGAUGCUGUUGCUAACUGAUUCCAUUUCUAAAGAAGGAGGAUGCUGGGAGUUGCGGUUACGUUGUGCCCUCAGUUUGUUCCUCAUGUCAGUGAACAUAAAGACGCCCGUUGUGGUGGAGAACAUCACCCUCAUGUGCCUGAGAAUCCUGCAAAAACUGAUUAAGCCCCCUGCUCCCACAAGCAAGAAGAACAAGGAUGCUGCUGUGGAAUCCCUCACUACAGUUAGGCCCUACAGCAACGAGAUUCAUGCUCAGACCCAACUCUGGCUCAAGAAGGACCCCAAAGCAUCAUAUGAAUCCUGGAAAAAGUGUCUCCCAGCCAGAUGUCAGGAAACUGUCUCCAAGCCUCAGAACAAGGCAGAGUUGCGCAGACAAUACCUCCUGGAGAAAUACACGUGGAAGUGGAAACAGUUCAUGAGGUCCAGAAAAGGUGAAGGUCUUUACCCUCGUCUACUCAAACUGAGCCACAACAACUGGCUACGGCAGGUCCUUUUCACACCGGCCACACAAGCAGCCAGACAGGCAGCUUGUACUAUUGUAGAAGCUCUAACCACAAUCCCCAGCCGCAAGCAGCAGGUCCUGGAUCUGCUCACCAGUUAUCUGGACGAGCUGAGUGUAGCUGGAGAGUGCGCAGUGGAGUAUCUGGGUCUGUACCAAAAACUGAUCAAACCAGCACACUGGAAGGUUUACCUUGCUGCUCGUGGCGUCCUGCCCUACAUUGGUAACCUGAUCACAAAGGAAAUAGCCAAUCUGCUGGCUCUGGAAGAAGCUACUCUCAGCACAGACCUGCAGCAAGGCUACGCCCUCAAGAGCCUGACUGGAUUACUGUCUUCUUUCGUGGAGGUGGAAUCCAUUAAGCGGCACUUCAAAAGUAGGUUGGUCGGCACGGUGCUCAAUGGCUACCUCUGUUUGAGGAAGCUAGUGGUGCAGCGCACAAAGCUCAUCGACGAGACUCAGGACAUGCUGCUGGAGAUGCUGGAGGACAUGACCACAGGUACGGAGUCUGAAACCAAAGCCUUCAUGGCAGUCUGCAUAGAAACAGCAAAGCGGUACAGCCUGGAUGACUACAGGACACCUGUGUUCAUUUUUGAGCGAUUGUGCAGCAUCAUCUAUCCUGAGGAGAAUGAAGUGACAGAGUUCUUUGUGACUCUGGAAAAGGAUCCUCAACAAGAGGAUUUCCUCCAGGGUCGCAUGCCGGGAAACCCCUACAGCAGCAACGAGCCCGGGAUCGGCCCACUGAUGAGGGAUAUUAAGAACAAGAUCUGCCAAGACUGUGACCUGGUGGCACUUCUUGAAGAUGACAGUGGCAUGGAGCUUCUGGUAAACAACAAAAUCAUCAGUUUGGAUCUGUCAGUGGCAGAAGUCUACAAGAAGGUCUGGUGCCCCACAAAUGAGGGUGAACCAAUGAGAAUCAUUUAUCGCAUGAGAGGUCUACUUGGCGAUGCCACUGAGGAGUUCAUAGAGUCCUUGGAUUCGACCACAGAUGAGGAGGAGGAUGACGAGGAGGUGUACAAGAUGGCAGGAGUCAUGGCACAGUGUGGAGGACUGGAGUGCAUGCUCAACCGGCUGUCUGGAAUCAAAGACUUUAAACAAGGAAGACAUCUGCUUACUGUUCUGCUAAAAUUGUUCAGUUAUUGUGUGAAGGUGAAGGUCAACAGGCAGCAGCUGGUCAAACCAGAGAUGCACACGCUCAACGUCAUGCUGGGAACUCUCAACCUGGCUCUCGUGGCAGAACAGGAGAGUAAGGACAGUGGUGGAGCCUCCAUAGCAGAAAAGGUUUUGAGCAUCAUGGAGAUCAUUCUGGAUGAAGCCAAUGCUGAGAUUUCUGAGGACAAAGGGAACUUGCUGCUGACAGGUGAUAAGGACCAGCUGGUCAUGCUGUUGGACCAGAUCAACACCCCCUUUGUGCGCUCCAACCCCAGUGUCCUACACGGUCUGCUGCGCAUCAUCCCAUACCUGUCUUUUGGUGAAUUUGAGAAGAUGAAGAUCUUAGUGGAACGCUUCAAACCGUAUUGUAGCUUUGACAAGUAUGACGAAGAGCACAGUGCAGAUGACAAAGUCUUCCUGGAUUGCUUCUGCAAAAUUGCAGCUGGGAUCAAAAAUAACAGCAACGGCCAUCAACUGAAAGAUCUUAUCCUCCAGAAGGGAAUCACGCAGAGUGCACUCGGCUACAUGAAGAAGCAUAUUCCAAAUGCAAAAAAUCUGGAUGCGGAUGUCUGGAAAAAGUUCUUGUCUCGACCUGCACUGCCCUUCAUUCUACGCUUGCUUCGUGGUUUAGCAACCCAACAUCCUCCCACACAGGUGCUGAUUGGCACAGAUUCAGUAACAAGUUUGCACAAGCUGGAGCAGGUAUCCAGUGAUGAGGGCAUUGGCACGCUGGCUGAGAACCUUUUGGAGGCACUGAGGGAGCACAGCGACGUCAAACUGAAAAUCGAGGCUGCCCGCAGGGACACCAGAGCAGAGAAGAAGCGGAUGGCUAUGGCCAUGAGACAGAAAGCUCUGGGAACACUGGGAAUGACGACCAAUGAGAAGGGUCAAGUGGUGACCAAGACGUCACUCCUUAAGCAGAUGGAGGAGCUGAUAGAAGAACCAGGCCUAACCUGCUGCAUAUGUCGAGAAGGAUACAAGUUUCAGCCAACCAAAGUCCUUGGAAUUUACACUUUCACAAAGCGUGUGGACUUGGAAGAGUUUGAAAACAAACCUCGUAAGCAGCACGGCUACAGCAGCGUGUCGCACUUUAACAUCGUCCACUACGACUGUCACUUGGCAGCUGUUCGGCUGGCCCGUGGGCGAGAGGAGUGGGACAGUGCAGUGCUCCAGAACGCCAACACCAAGUGCAAUGGACUCCUUCCUGUGUGGGGGCCGCAUGUGCCAGAAUCAGCCUUUGCAACAUGUUUAGCCAGACACAACACGUAUCUGCAGGAGUGCACAGGCCAGCGGGAGCCCACGUACCAACUCAACAUCCAUGACACCAAACUGUUGUUUCUCCGCUUUGCUACCGAACAGUCCUUCAGUGUGGACACAGGAGGAGGAGGCCGAGAGAGCAACAUCCACCUCAUCCCCUAUAUUAUCCACACCGUGCUCUACGUCCUCAACACUACAAGAGCUACAUCCAGGGAGGAGAAGAACCUGCAGACUUUCCAGGAGCAGCCUUGUGAAAAAUGGGUGGAGAGCUCAUAUGAGGUAGAAGGACCACACUACUUCACCAUCUUAGCCAUGCACAUCAUGCCGCCUGAACGUUGGAGGACCUCACGGAUAUAUUUCUUACGAAGACUUCUCAUCGCCGCACACGCCCGCAAGAUCUCAACAGUUUCCAUCACGAAGCUCACAGAUAAAUCACCAAAGGAGUUUGCGGUCUAUCGCUCUCCGCUCCUCUUCUGGGGUCUGGUGGAUCUCGUCUAUGAUGUGUUCAGGAAAGUGCCCACCAGUAACACAGAGGGCGGCUGGUCCUUCUCACUGGCUGAAUAUAUCCGUCACAAUGACAUGCCCAUCUACGAUGCGUCGGAGCGUGUGCUCAGGGCCUUCCAGGACGAACUCAUGCCCGCUGAGUCCCUCUCAGAGUUCUUUGAUGUAGUAGGUCUCCUCUCUGAUGUCGUGGACCCGGACCUGUUCCUGCGAGACUUGUUGAACUCUUUGCCCUGAUGAUGAUGACGAAGCUUUGCCUCACUCUCCUUACAAAAAUAAAAAGCAUCAGGAUUCCUCCCGACUGGGGGGGGGACAUUCUUUUAUGCACACACACAUACACACUUCCUCCUUAUGUGACAUCAUCAGAUUAACCUUAAACAGAAGCCGUGUGUGUGUAAUCUCAUAAAAUAUCAAAUCUAAUCCACGGCUGCAGCGCCUUUGUUCAUAUUAAACACGAUGAACAACCAGACGGGAAACUCAGAAACAGAAUUCAUACGUUGCUGCUUUUGUGCCGUUUAAUGCAAAAAAAAAAAAAAAAAAACAUAACCCAAGAGAAAGCUUCUGCUUCUUCUUCUCCUUCUCCUCCUCCUCAGGGGAACAUGUGAUCAUGGGCAAACCAGAAAAUAAUUUCUGGUUCAUGACUUCAGCGCCAAAACAGAAAUUGCUAAAAUUUUACAAUUUAGUCUUUAAAGGAUGUGGUGGAUUGUCAGAGAAUGUUUGCAUUAUUUGUAAAAAUCAAAAUAAAUAUAUAUAGACUCAUGAGAUGAUCCUGUUGGUCAGAGAAAAUUUGUGAAUUCUGUUUUUGGAAGGUUUUUUGUUUGUUUGUUUUUUUUUUGUUUUGUUUUUUUUAUUGUCCUUCCAGCCUCCUCAGUGUUUGCUGUUUUGUUAAAAUCACUGACCUGCUUUUGAAUUUGAGCAGCCACACAAAAAGAGCAACGUUUGAUUUCAUCUUUUUACUUUUGGAUCAGGGCCUUUUUACAUGGUGAAGGAUUUUUUUUUUUCUUUUCUUUUCAUGUUUUAGGUUCGAACUGGAAUUUGAGUGAUGGAGAGACUUUGUUUUUGUGUGUGUAUAUUUUCAAAGUUUCUUUUGCCAACUGCAAAAGCAUGAAGUUAAGUAAGGAUGAAUAAAGUGAUUUUUUUUUUUUCUUUUUCUUUGGGGGGGGGGGUGCGAGGCCAUGCCUUGGUGAUGGAGUAAAUUUUGGGCUUGUGAAUCGACCUGUUGGUUGCUUUGAAGUACCAGAACUGUCUAAAUUAACAUUAAAAUACCUUUAAACACUUUUUGGGCUUCAGUUGUUGGGGGAGUUGAAAGCAUACCUGGACAGGUCUCUAUCUCUGAAUAUAACGUGAUGCCAUGAAAGUGUUGUGGAGAGCUGAAUGCUUUGUGUGGACUCCGCCCACUUUACUGUGACUCCGCCUGUUCCCGCUGCUGCUGUGUUCAACUGUUGCUGAAUGUCUGCUUUUUGAACUUUAGCCAGUGAUUAAUAAAGCCGUGAUAACUCACCCA